CAUAUUUCAAGAAUGCCCAAAUCUCCACAAAAUCUUCCUCUAAUCCCACUCAAUCGCGCUGGGUAGCGUCGCGCAAUGAAGCCCAUACCUGCUGUGGGGCUCAGUUCGGCCAUUUCUCAACUUAUCGACUUCUCAAUCAACGUUUUGCGCAAAGAUAAUGCCAUAUAUCAACCGACUACUCCAGUGGAAAACUCAGCAGUGCUCCAAGACGUAAUCGACAACUUGUACCGCCUGACUGAUGUCAUCGACAACAACGAACUGAAGAAAUCAAGCAACGACAAAACCGCUAAGCUCAGCGAAGCAGCACAGCAGCUAGUUAAACUAAGUGAAGACGCAAAAGAGGCAACAAAUCCUCUCAUCGACGCGCUCAUCGCCGCACAAGCAAAAGGCAGUUUCGGCGAUCCUCGAUGGCCCACCGCACGAGAUGCGCUCAUGAACGGCGUGUGGAAGAAGAAACAAGUCACAGAUCUCAAGAGAAAAGUGCGUACGAUACGCAAAGACGUCGACACCGCCCUGCUCCUCGCUCUGAGACAACAUCUCGACCAAUCAGCUGAAGCGGGACUCCCCACUGCCAGCGAGGAAGACACCCGCUUGCAUCAUUGUGAAAAGUGGCAGAAUGAGGCCCUGGAUGCUGUUCAAACCAAUGAAUGGAAACCAAAGAACAAGAAGAAUCUCGAGGUGUUCUCUAAGCUGGUCGACAAAUUAAUUGUAGCGGAGAACGAAGCGCAUUUCUGUGCUCAGAUUUUUGAGAGACUGGGCUUUAAAGAGCUGGAUGACCGGUUGUGUAGUAUUCCCACGCCGCUCGAGGGUACGUUCGAGUGGGUUUUUGGGGAAAGGCAGGAAGAAAUGGGCGGGCUACUAGAGUGGUUUGGCAACACGCGAGGAGAGAACUUGUUCUGGAUUACUGGGAAACCGGGGUCUGGGAAGACAGUACUGAUGAAAUACCUGUUUCGCAAUCCAAGGGUAUUUGAUAGCUUAGAGGCGUGGUCCGGGCAUAGUCCUGGUAUCACGUCGGGCUUCUUCUUCUGGAACAGUGGGACGGAAUUGCAGAAAUCUCCGCUCGGGGCGCUGCGAUCGCUGCUGUUCGAGUCGCUGCAGGACAUGAUAUAUGGCCCGCUUGAACAGGACCUUUCUAUUCUCCAUAAGACACUUUUCCCCGAUCGAUGGGAACAGUUCAUCUCCUACGGCGGCGGUCUGCAUGAGUUUUCGUUCCCAGAGCUGCUUCAAGCAUUUGAGCUCAUGAUCGCGGAUGACUCCAAGAAGUUUCUGUUCAUAAUCGACGGGCUUGAUGAGUUGGAAAAAUAUUCCGAUCAACUCCCAGAUAUACUCAUCAGCGCGACAAAGAUGGAUCACGUCAAGGUCUGCGUCUCGAGUCGGCCGUCACCACUUGCACAGACGGCUUUUGAGAAAAGACCGACGCUGAUCGUAGAUGUGUGGAACAAAAACGAUAUCGAGGCGGGUGUCAUGGAUGCUUUCGACCAAGACAAUGGCCCGAGUAAAUUGCGCGGCGCAACAGAAAGCGAAGAAGAAAGAUAUGUCGUCAACCUCCUCACAGAAAAAGCUUCUGGAGUCUUUCUCUGGGUGACAUUAGCCACAUACUUCCUGAUACAGGGUACCUCCCCAUCGGACGAUUUCUCCACAUUUCAAAGACGCGCAGCUGCUCUGCCGUCCGACAUAGACGACCUACUCUCCCACAUGCUGCAGAGUUUCAAUACCACAGACCUCGAGCAGCUCUGGCAGCUCAGCGCUCUGAUCGAAAGCCACGGAUACCCAGAUCUCCUUCCCCUCUCCUAUGCCCUCACCGCCGACACAAGCAGCACCAUCGCCGCCGACGUCCAGCCCAUAAAGUCCCCGGAAGUCGCCCAAAGAACAACCGACAUGCGCAAUCUCCUCAGAUACACAUGCAAAAACCUCUUUUCCAUAUACGACACAACACCCCCAGACACAGAACACAUUCCCUCACACCUAAAAGUAACAUAUACCCACCGCGCUAUACGCGAGUACCUGCGCUUGCCGCGCACGCAAAGAGCAAAACCCCUCUUAACCCCAUCCACCACCGACGCGCAAUGGGCUAACGCGCACCUCAUGGCCCUGAAAACCCUCGACCCAUCUGCAUCCGAAUCUUCCCUCAGCCUCUGGGGCCCGCUCUCUGCGUGUUUGGAAUCCGCGCUGUCACUCUAUACACUCACGUCCAAAUUACCCUACACAUACAUCGAUGCUGCCGGCUCCUGCGCCCUCGCGCUGCAUACGCAACACCCACAUCUCUCUGAUCUGCCGUCGUUCCCCUCCCUGACUCACCGUCUGGAAACGUUUCUCGAUAUCGCCGCCUGGCUCAAUAUUCCCGGGUUUGUCAUCCUCAAGGCGAAGCAGAUGAAGACGGUGGAUAAAAGGAGUGUCAAACACGCGCUCGACUUUAGCCGCGAGAUGCGGAAACGGCUGGGCAAGGGUGGGGAGGAGCGCUGGUUAGCGGGAAGUGAGAAACUGAGAGUUGAGUAUGGGAGGAAUAGAGUGGAGGUCGAGGGGUUGUUGGAUUAUUAUGCCAGGACGGUGAGACUGUCGAAGAAACCCAUUGUUGAUGUGCCGGAGUAUGUGUAGACGUAUACUUGCAGAAACUAGGACACAAAGAGUUUGCGUUCAUUUUCUAUGUGGCUGUCAAGUUGUCGUAAGAAUUUCUUGCAGCUUGGUCUCCAAAUCUUGCACUUGACUGAGAGGGCAACCCUUCAUGGAACA